CGUGGGCGUGCCACGAGGUGGUUGGUGGCUUUGUCGCUCGCCACCGGAGACUUUUCAAUCGCCCCCCGAAUCGCUUCUCUCGUAGACUGGUUAGUGCCGGCUUCAGUUCCCUGAUCCCCGCUGGAAUCACGAAAGAACCCCACCCCCGCCCCCCCAAAGCUCAACGCAAGUUCUGCUCGAGUUUGUCUUCAAGCGCGAAAAGCCCGGGGCGCCGUUUUAUCGCCCUCCAGCUCCGUGUGGUCUUAAUCACGGAAGCCGGGCCGCUUAGCCCCCCUCUUUAUUUAGCAUCCAAGAAGCCUCCUUCGAAGACCGGACCUCGCACCCACGGAAGGCGGACGACACCAGUAACCUGGGCCCUGAAGCCCGACCUUCGACCACGGCUCCCUCCGAAGCCAGAACUCCGAAACAUUGCACGCGUAAGCAAUCACCCCCCGAAGCGGAAAACAACAACAACACAACAGACGUCCCAGAAGAUCGCCGACGGUCCGACGCUCGAUUCGGAAUUCCAGGAACCCCCCCCCCCGAACUAGGAGGAGCAUGCUGGGCAUGCAGCAGCGAUGACUGCUCGUGCGCUGCUGGCGCUGACGAUUCUCCCGUCCCUGUGGAACCCCCCGGCAAUUGGCGCCACGACCCCGGGAGCUCCACACCCCACCUGGGCCUGGACCGACCCCGCUGUUUGGUCGGGAGCUGUGGCCUCUUGGUUCAAUUCCGUGCCCCAGAAUGGCGUCAUCUACAGCCGUCUCUACUGCGGGGCGCGGGACUGCGUGGACGAGAGAAGCUGCCAAAUUCGUGGCCACAACAUCACAGUCGAGGUCCUGGCGGACAAUGAAAUGCGAACCUCGCCGUCGGAGACCUACCCCAGCUUCCUGCCGGCACCCAGCCUUCUUACCCUGCUCGGCUGCCUGGACCACGACUGCCGCAUUACGUCCGACCUGCCAGGCCUGCGGCGUGAGCUGCACCGCAGGCUCCACGGGCAGCACCUGGCGCGCAGCUCGCUCGAGAGGGCAGCGUGGCGAUUCUCGCUGGCGCGCAGGGACGGCACGAACGUCGGGCCCCGGCUGCUGAUGCUGUUCGGCGGCAGCGGCACAGGGAAGUCGCACGCGGCACGCACCCUCGCUCGGCACCUUUACAGCGACGGCAUGAGCAGCCAGUGCGUGCACGCGGUAGUGCCCAGCCUGCUGCUCUCGGGGACGGAGGAUCGCCACGCGCACCGGGAAAGACUGGAGACUUUGCUGUUGGAGGGGGUGCAAGUCUGCGAACAUUCGCUCUUCAUUGUGGACUCGGUGGAGGAGCUGUCUGUGGGGCUGUUGGACGAUCUGCUGUUGCACAUUCUGGAUACCCCACAGAGCGCCUACAAAAAGGCCUUGUUCAUCUUCAUAAGCAGUAACAUCGGGACAUCGUUGAUUAAUACGCGGACACUGGAGGUGCUGCAGAGUGGAAGGGGCCGAGCGGAGAUAACGAUGGAAGAGCUGCCGGACAAACUAAGGCAGACGAUGCGACAGCACCUCGGUGAGGACGCGAAGAGCGCGCCGCUGCUCCGGCUCGUGACGCCAGUCGUCUUCCUGCCGCUGGAGCCGCGUCACGUGCAGCUGUGCGUGUGCGACGAGUUCCUGGCGCGCGGGCGUCACCCGAGUCCCGACCUCGUGUGGCGCCUCGCCUCCUCGCUCGCCUACUGGCCGCAGGGCGAGGGCCUCCUCGCCGUCGCCGGCUGUAAGCACGUGGCCCAGCGGGCGGCGCUGUUCAUGCACCAAUGACCCCACCCCCCCACUCCCCACCUCGUCGCUGUUACCUCUUCUCCAACAACUUCAUCGACUGAUGUUGCUGCUGUUGCUCGGUCAACCUCUUUGACCGAUCGAGAGCUCGGCGACGGACGAUGUGUGUUCUGCAACUCAGGAUUGGGAUUUUAAACCGGGGCUAAAUGACCCCCAUCGCCGCUACUUCACGUCACUGAUUCUCCGUUCAACCAAAAGCACGCGCUGUGAAGAUGAAAGCAAGUGUAAGCAGCAAUAGGAUUCUUCGAUCGUAACGGUCGCACUGUCGGAGUAGACUCGUCACCACCGGGAACGGCAGCUCAAAAAAAUAAAUCUCUCUCCUGCCACCAUCGCUGUUACUCUGCAGCGCCUUCAUUCAGUCGAGAACUCGGAAGAGCAAACGCGUGUUCUGCAAGUUGGAUGCACGACAUGGGAUUUGAACUUGGGUGAAAUUGCAUGUGCAUUGCAUCGCUACGACACAGUGUCUCCAAUUCUCUGAUGAACCAACACUUUGUGAUGACGAACAACUGGAGCAGAGAAAAUAGUAUUAAUAACACCUGAGGUGUUGGAAUAAAAUUUGCUCUUGACUGAUUAAUUGCUGUGAUCUACCAGUGGCAGAGCUGCAUAGCUCUAAGGAGAAAGUCUUAUUGCUGCCGUUUUGGCUAUGAGCACGAUAACGUUUAAAGGUGCAUCUCUUUCAUUGAGGCUUGAAUGUUUUUAGUAAAUCGCAUUGCUAAAACUUGAAUCAAUUACUGUGAUUACUUGGUGCAUAAGGGUAUCGUAGUUUAUACACUUGCAAUGCAACAAAACGCCUCUGUGGCAAGAUGUGAACUACCUCGCCUGGUUAUACAAAAGGCCGUGGGUUCGAUCCCGACCCUGGCGCCUGUAUAUUUGGAGUUUGCAUGUCUCUCUCUCACUGGUCGCGUAGAUUUUUCUCCUACAUAUAGAAACAUGUGUUUCGAGUAUUUGGCUGCUAUAAAUUUCCACAAGCCAGUUCAUUGAGCUAUCAUUUGUGGCCAGAUCUCUUUUGAAAAAACUUUAUAGCUCAGUGGGCCUUACCUGGUUAAGUUAAAUGUUUAAUAGUUUAGCUUUUAGUUUAAAGGAAAGUUAAUAUACUUGAAUGGAAAGUUGAUGUUUCUGGUUAACUUGAAAGCGAUGGGUAACGAUGAAUUUGAGGAAAUUAUAUCUUUCGCGUACAUUUAUUCAUCGUAGUACCAUAGAAGGAUAAAAACAAAUGAAAUAACAAUCCGUUGCGCCACAAAUUGCUAGAUAAAAUUGCUCAUUUGUUUUGACAGUUCUUGAAAGUCUGUGGGAUAGCCUCUUGGUGAGAAUUGCCAUUGUUUCCUCAGCUGUUCUGCUUACGCUUGCAUGGCCAGAGAGGAAAGUGGUCAGUGGCCCAGAGGUCUGGGUGAGAGCGCCGCUAGGAUUCUGAGUUCGAUUCCAUGAAACCGCCUGUGAUUAAACAGCGGUACUUGAUUCAAAUUAAUUGAUGGUUUCAGGCUGGUCACUCAUGAUUGCACACCGACCACAAUAAAGAUAACACUACGUUUGGA